AAGUAUAAAGACAUUGUGGGAACUAAAAGCCAACACCGAAUCAGGCAGGAGCUGCCAUCCCGUACAGGAACUUUACAGGCACAACUCGUUUUUUUUUAUUUUUUUUUAUACUGCUUCCCAGAUUUGAGGUAUGAAAACAUGGCGGUAAAAACGAGACUGCAAGCCUACAGAGAACACACCAAGCCGCAGGACAGCGUCGCAGACCAUGCUAGAAGUCCAGUCGCAGCCCGCAAAAGCAGCAGACUCUCAUCAAAAAGAGGAGUCAGGGACAGCAAACAACCUUCCAGCAUCAACAGCUUGAUACAAAAUAGCACAUUUGCUGCGAGCAUCAAGAGCAAACUGGGCCUGAGUCCGUAUGUUGUCAUUAAAAUAGGAAUCACUCUGAUUAUAGCUGCUGUAGUUGGAAUUUUACAUUGGUACCAUAUUUCUAAUCUUUUUGAAAAUGACAGGCACUUUUCUCACCUUUCAACCCUGGAAAAGGAAAUGGCUUUUCGUACAGAAAUGGGGCUUUACUAUUCAUAUUUCAAGACAAUUAUUGAAGCUCCCUCAUUUUUCAAUGGAUUACAUAUGGUGAUGAAUGACAGGUUAACAGAGUACCCUCUUGUUAUUAACACUCUGAAGAGGUUCAAUCUGUACCCUGAGGUGGUCCUAGCCAUCUGGUACAGGAUUUACACUGCAAUAAUGGGAUUCUUAGGUAUUGCAACCAAAAUGUGCUGGGCUGUCAACAGGGGAGACGGAUUAAAACCGAUUGAAAGCUGUGAAGGUUUGGGAGACCCAGCUUACUUUUAUGUCACAUUUGUGUUCAUAUUAAAUGGGCUGAUGCUGAGUUUAUUUUUUAUCUACGGGACAUAUUUAAGCGGAAGCAGACUUGGCGGCUUGGUCACAGUGUUGUGUUUCUUUUAUAAUCAUGGUGAGAGUACCCGAGUCAUGUGGACUCCUCCCUUGCGUGAGAGUUUCUCUUACCCGUUCCUUGUGCUUCAGAUGCUGCUUUUAACAUACAUCCUCAGGAGUUCAAGAGCAGGAAAAGCUGCCUUUGUUGCCCUCGGUGUUUCUAAUGUCUUUUUCAUGCUUCCUUGGCAGUUUGCCCAGUUUGUUUUACUUACUCAGAUUGCAUCCUUAUUUGCUGCGCAUAUUGUGGGUUAUCUGGGCUACGUAAAGCUACGGUCACUCUUAUAUGUUCACAUGAUGUCCCUGUUGGUUUGCUUUGUUUUGAUGUUUGGAAAUGGCAUGUUGUUAACAUCCUUUUAUGCAUCAUCACUGGUAACAAUUUGGGUAAUCAUUGCAAUUAGAACACAAAUUUCACAGUUCUGCAAAACAGCAGUUUUGACAUGUGUUGCUCAGGGUGUUGGUUGGUUUAUAUCUACAGUUUUGUUAAAGUUCUUGAGUUCUGUCAUUCUUGGAGUUAGCGAUGAUGCCCACAUAAGCAAUUUAAUAAAAUCGAAGUUUACAAGUUAUAAAGAUUUUGAUACGCUGAUGUACACCUGUGCUGCCGAAUUUGACUUCAUGGAAAAAGAGACUCCUGUGAAAUAUUUAAAAACGCUGCUUGUGCCUAUGAUUCUCUGUGUUUCUGUGAUAAUUAUAGAAAAGGCUGUAACAGAGGUUUGGGGGGUGUUAAGAAUGAGUGACAAUAAAUCAGAUGGCACUGAACAUACCCUUUCCAAAAAGACAGCAUAUUUUGCAAAUGGAGAGAUGGUUUACCAUGUUUUGCAGUUAACAGCAUUUACAGUGCUUGCAGUCCUAAUCAUGAGGUUGAAGCUCUUUCUUACUCCUCAUAUGUGUAUUAUGGCAUCAUUGAUAUGUUCGAGGCAGCUGUUUGGGUGGAUAAAAUGGAAAUACAAUCACCAUGGGAUGGUGUUGGUGAUUAUAGUGGUCAUGUCUGUUCAAGGGUUUGCUAACCUGAGAAAUCAGUGGAGCAUCAUGGGAGAGUUCAGUAACAUCCCACAGGAGGAGCUUUUAGAGUGGAUCAAAGCCAACACCAAACCAGAUGAUGUUUUUGCUGGUGCCAUGCCAACAAUGGCAAGUGUUAAGUUGUCAGCAGAGAGACCUGUUGUGAACCAUCCACAUUAUGAAGAUGCUAGGCUGAGAGCUACAACAAAACUGGUGUAUUCUAUGUACAGCCGCAAAACAGCAGACGAGGUCAAAUGGAAUUUAAUGAAACUUCAAGUGGAUUAUUUUGUCUUAGAAGAUUCUUGGUGCACAAGACAGACCAGGCCUGGUUGUAGCUUACCAGAGAUAUGGGAUGUUGAGGACCCUUACCAUGCUGGCAAGACCCCCAUAUGUACAUUGUUAGCUAUUAAUCCCCAUCCUCAUUUUGUGAAAGUGUUUGAAAACAAUGUUUACCGUGUCUUAAAGCUUACCAAAGAUAGGUAAACAAUUGUACCUUGUGACAGCUAAUAAGAUCUUCCGAUUAUUAACACCUUCACUGGUGCAGCCUAGUGUGUGUUAUUAUACAGGCAAACACCUCUGUUGUAAUCAUUUGGGACCAGAGUCACAAGUCAUUGUUGGUACCCAGUACUCAACCUGUGUUAUGUAUUUUUUUAAGAUCUGGUCAGUCUGGUUACCAUGACUGACUUUUAUGGUUCAGAGUCAUUCCUUUGUGACAAGUAUAGUAAUUCUUCCAGAGGCCAGUCAGAUUACAGAACAAAAGAAGCUUGGUGCAAAUGUUGCAAAACUGAGAAACUAGAAAACAAAUUUAUACACAGGAAAGACUUACUCCCUUAAUGUCUAUUUAAAUUUGUUUUAAUCUUUACAUAUUUGAAUUACUUGUUUGUGUUUGUUUUUUAACAGUGUUUAAACCUGCCAUAUGAUUCACUUAAGAACCACUUCAAUGUGCUGACAGAGAAAGCACAGUGUAAAUUAUUGAAAGUGUUUUUUUUUGGUUUUGUUUUGUUUUUUGGGGUCAUUUCUAUUUCCAAAUACUCAAGCCAGUUGAGAGACAGCUUUUGAAAUGUCAAACAGAAGUCAGCUGUUUAUGAUAUUUUGGGAAUUUCUCUUUUUUUCCACACCUUCCUUUUUAAAAUCCAGGUGUACUUAUGAUGACCCAGAUUUAAACACUAACUAGUAAAUUGAUGCUUUGGUAUUUUUCAGAGUAAAAAUAUGUUCAGUUAUGUCUCAGGUCUCUAUCCUUUUUGUUUGUUUUGUUAUUAUUUUCUUUUUUUUUUAAUAUACCUCAAGUUGUUACCAUAUAUACAGGAGGAAACCAUGCAAUUAAUAAUGCACUGUAAUAAAGUGCAGGAUGCCAAAAUGUUUAUUCGCUUCUUUUUGAGCAAAGUGAGCACUAACAACUAAAAUCAUAUGCAUAGAAUAUUACCAUCUGUGUUGCUAAUGCUUAAACCCAUGUGCAAAAGGGUUGUGCAAAUAUAGGGUCUUGAAAAUAAAAAGUGUACUGUUCUAUAUUCUUUAAAAAAAAAAAAAAAAAAAAAAAAAACUAGUUUUGCAAAUUGUGAUGUGUUUUUAAGUUUUGUUGCACAAUUGAUUAUUGGGUAGAUAUAGUGAAUGGUAGAAGCAAAACUAAUGUCUGUAUAUUCAUGAAUGAUAAACUGCAGUCAGUACAUCUCCUUUGUGACAAGAUUCAUGUUUCAGUCUUUAAAAUGUGUUCAUAUUGACCACUGCUGCAGUUUAUUUAGACCUAGAGGUCAUUGCUCAUUUAUUAGAUUUUUCUCGUUAAUUGUGGUAUGUCGGUCUUUUUUUAUUUAUUUUUUUUUUCAUCUGUGGUGAACAUACUAAAACUGGUGGUUUUGUAUUUUUUUUCUGACACAGUAUUUCUUUUUAUCCCAGAUAAUUUUCUCAGAGGUGCUGUGAUUUUUUUGAUAGCACCUUCGAGACCUUCUGCAAAAUGUCAAACUCAAGCGUCGUGUGUCUUUUUCCUCCCCUGCGAAUCGACCAUGUCAGUGUUAUGUUAGAAUUGAUACAACAUUUCCGGGGUAUUCACCUCAAAGCAACACCAGACUUUACAGUAAACCGUAAUAUAAUAUUAAAAUUGGUACGAUCUAUAGUUCAGUAAAAUGCAACGAUCGGGGGAAAAUACAAAACAUAAUUGGUGACUUAAAAAAUGGAUGCUUUGAACAGUGCAUUUGAGGGUAAAUGUGGAAUUACAGAUCACUUAUUUACAUGCGGUUCACUGUUUACAAAACAUGCACAAAAGCACCUUCUCUGGCCACAACAUCGCAUUUCAUUUAGAAUUUAACAAUAUUUUUUCAAUGAAAACUAAUCCAUGUCUGGGAGGUUACUAGACGUCAUCUGCUUUUAACCACCUCUGAAGACAUCUGGUUUUUAGCCCUGUGCGAAUAAUGUUUUACUAAAGCUACCUUGUUCUGAGACUAUUAAAAGAUACCAGAGUUUUUCAGGUGUAACACAAAUCCUCUGUCUACUAGCAAUAAACUUGCAGAUCGUCUGUUAAUAUUGGGAAUAAAUGUGUCAUUCAAGCUUGUAUAGAUACAGUACCUCGUUCCUUCUGCUACAAACACAUAGCAUACCUUUAAUUCUGAAUGCAUUAUGAAGUUCUUAUCUAAGUGUCUUUUUCAGGUGUAAAACUGUCUACUGGUGUGUUUUUAGUUAUUUAAUUUUUUUUACAA